UUCUCCUAUAUAUACAAUUACUACUCAUCAAGUCUCUUCAAUUUCACACACAGCCAAUAGGAUAAUAUAUCUUUGAUCAGCUUACGUUCUUAUUUUCAACAUACCACAAAUGGCUGACUUGGGUAGCUCUUCUGAAGAUGCCUCGGUGGAUUCCAAAUCAGAGGAAUCCAGUGAAGACUCUAAACUUGACUUCUCAGAGGAUGAGGAGACCCUUGUUAUUAGAAUGUUCAAUUUAGUUGGUGAAAGGUGGUCUAUCAUUGCUGGGAGGAUUCCUGGAAGAACAGCAGAAGAAAUCGAAAAGUAUUGGACUUCGAGAUACUCUACAACCCAAUAGGACCUGAAAUUGAUACUUAUAUAUGCCGUCCUGUAGUUGCAGUUUUGUGAGAUUGGGUUUUAGCAAAAGUUAAGUAUGGUCAUAUGGGGCUCUGUCUUUUUUGUUGUAUGGAAUGUGGAUUAAGGGAUUCCAGUGCUUUUUUAUUUUUUGAUGUGGUUAGUAAUGCAAUGUAUGUGAGAUCAUGAGUGAUCUGUGCGAGGCUCUCUGUUCUCAUUGCUUAUUCUCAUUUCAUUAGCGUGGCUGGCCUGUAUAUAAGCUGCAAGAUUGUAUGUAACAAGUCCUUGUUUCUAUCUAAAACAACAUUGUAUGAGGUCCCAA